GCCCCGCUUUCAUUCCUGCGUUGUUUGGGGACAGUAGGAAGAUGGCGGCGGCCCCGCUGUACUGUGUCUGCCGGCAGCCCUACGACGUGAGCCGGUUUAUGAUCGAAUGCGACAUCUGUAAGGACUGGUUCCACGGCAGCUGUGUUCAUGUUGAGGAGCACCAUGCCGUGGAUAUCGACGUUUACCACUGUCCCAACUGUGAUGUCAAACACGGACCCUCCCUGAUGAAAAGGCGCCACAACUGGCACAGGCACGACUACACGGAGCCAGACGACGGAUUGAAGCCAGUGCAGGCGGGAACCUCUGUGUUUGUGAAGGAGCUCCAGCAACGGACUUUCCCGAGUGCCGAGGAGAUCCUCAUACGGAUGAGGGGCGAGCAGGUGACCACCAGGUACCUGGAGAGGCACGGCUUCAACUACCCCAUCGCGGUCACCGAGAUGGAGGGCCUGGGUCUGAAGCUGCCGCCUCCCACUUUCUCCGUCAAAGACGUGGAGCAGUACGUGGGUGGUGACAAGGUUAUCGACGUGAUAGAUGUGGCACGGCAGGCGGACAGCAAGAUGAAACUCAGCGAAUUCAUCAAGUAUUUCACCGAGCCCCAUCGACCCAAAGUCCUCAAUCUCAUCAGCCUGGAGUUCUCCGACACAAAGAUGUCAGAGUUGGUGGAGGUUCCUGACGUGGCUAAGAAGAUGUCCUGGGUGGAAAACUACUGGCCUGACGACUCGUUCUUCCCAAAGCCCUUCGUCCAGAAGUACUGCCUUAUGGGGGUUAAAGACAGCUACACGGACUUCCACAUAGACUUUGGGGGAACCUCAGUCUGGUAUCAUGUUUUGUGGGGUGAGAAGGUCUUCUACCUGAUCAAACCCACUCCCACCAACCUUGCACUAUAUGAGGCGUGGAGCUCCUCGCCCAAUCAGAGUGAAGUGUUCUUCGGGGACAAAGUGGACAAGUGCUACAAGUGUGUCGUUACCCAAGGAACCACCCUGCUCAUCCCUACAGGCUGGAUCCACGGCGUUCUCACCUCUCAGGAUUGCAUGGCGUUCGGAGGGAACUUCCUUCACAACCUCAAUAUCGGCAUGCAGCUCAGGUGUUAUGAAAUGGAGCGUCGCCUGAAAACCCCAGACCUCUUCAAGUUCCCGUACUUUGAGGCCAUUUGUUGGUAUGUGGCUAAGAACCUCCUGGAGAUGCUGAAAGAGCUACGCGAGGACAGCUGUCCACCGCCGACCUACCUGGUAGACGGAGUCAAGGCGUUGAUCAGCGCUCUGAGGACUUGGUUGAAGCGAGAGGUGACCGAGCCCACCAGCGAGGUGCCGGACAAUAUCCGGCCCAACCACCUCAUCAAGGAGCUGACCAAGGAAAUCCGCUACCUGGAGGAGGAACCCGUGAACGGAGGCAAGCCGCCCAAAUCUCAGGGAAGCGGAGUCCCGUCGGGAGUGAACGGCUGCCUCACCACCCGCGCCCUGGAGAGGCUGUGCCAGGCGCGGCAGGCGAGGAGAGCCGCCCGGCGGCUAAGAGAGCAGCAGCAGGAGGAGGCCGCCAAGGUGCCCUCCAACCUGGACAUCCUGGAGCAGCACACCAAGGAGGUGCUGAAGAGGGUGGAGGUGGGACCUCUGGAGGAGGAUCCUGCGUUUUGUGCCAAGGUUCUCGGAAAGUUCAACAAAGUGUCGACCGCUUCGGCCGCCGCCGCCGCCGAGUCCUUGGAGGACAACCACCUACGCCUCAUGCUGGUCAACGGCAGAAUCAUCCGAGAUCUAAGGCGACCGGGGAGCAGCCCCGUGAAGUCGGAGGGCGAGCAGUCGUCCGUCGGCCAAAGCCCACCAAAGAGCUGCGCGGACGUGAAGCCGGAGAGGACGGAGGGCGGCGCGGCUGAGAAGGCGGCGCCGUGUCCGGGCCGCGUGGAGCGGGCGAAGGACGAACUCAGGGAAGAGGCUUCAGGACACUCCAGCGUCUCAGACGUGGAGUCAGACGGCGACUCGCCCUCAGAAAGUAAAGCGUUGUCAUCAUCAUCGUCUUCGUCGUCGUCUUCUUCUUCUUCCGACGAGGAUUCAGAGAGUUCCCAGGAGGAGGAGAGAGGCUCGUCUCUGCAGACCGGCUCAGGGAACGGCACCGAGCUGGACCUGUCGGCUCAGAAACUCAGGCACAAACACAAACCCCUCAAAAGAGAACGCCCUACCUCACCCAGCACAGAAGAGGCCAUUCAGGGGAUGCUGUCCAUGGCCGGGCUGCUGUGCUCCGCAAAGCAAGAGGAGGAGGCGCCGUCGCCCCGGGAGCCCUGGUGGUCCAGCUCUGGCCAACGUUCGCCGCAGGACGAGCGCCAGCGCCAGAACCAGCGCCAGAACCAGAACCACAUGGACAGCCAGGGCAACAGCAGCAGCGAGGCCUGGGACAAUCACGGGGACUACCAGUACUGUGACCCCUCCAUGUCCCCGCCGCUGCACCCCUCCAAGAGGAACGCGCCCAACCCGCCGCCCAUCAGCAACCAGGCCACAAAAGGUAAAAGGCCCAAAAAAGGAAUGGCGACGGCCAAACAGAGACUCGGCAAGAUCCUAAAGCUCAACAGACACAGUCGUGUUUUCGUUUAACGCCCUCCCUCGAACUGAAAAGAAGAAAAAGAAAAUCUGAUUAGGGCUCUGUUCUCCAAGAAGUUUAAAAAAAAAAAAAGAAACAUUUGUGUUUGUUUUCAGUCACUUUUGUGCUGUGGAGAUGAGACAAAAAAAUAAAAAAAAACCCGAUGCACUGCCUGGAGACGAGCAAAAACGUGACGAAGCUCCACGCGCUCACUGUGCAUGCCGAGGAGACAGGGUAUUGGGUUUGAAAGGAGCACGAUCCUCACAGGAAGAGAAGGAAGAAAAAAAAAAAAGCACACUAAGAACAAAAACGGAGAAUUAAGGAACCGCGGGAAGCGGGAGGGAGGAUGUGAAUUUUUUUUUUUUUCCUGCAAAGAAAAGUCGAUUAAAUUGACGUUCGCUGAAGCGGGACUGAGGAGACCACCUGCAUCGCAUUUGCUCACAUUUCUUCUCCCGCUUUAAAAUUUAACUUGCUUCCCUGAGCAGAACCGGACGAACGGAGCAGGUUGAGACCGAGCUGCACCUCCCAGGUCGGAUCUGGGCAGAAAACGUGGUGCUUCAAAAAAAAAAAUACAACAAAAAAAAAAAAACAAGGAGGCUGUGAACUGAUAUUUCAAAUGGUGCUUAUUGUUUUAUAUUUCCUCCCUCCCCCUCUUUUUAUCUCAACCACACCAGCAAUAAUGACUUUGGGGCGGGGGGGGGCGUGAGUACAGGCUGAGAGGCGGCGCUCGGUUCUGGUUCUGGUUGCGGAGCGGAUCCACGCUCUCCGCCUCCCCGUUUGUUUUCAAUAGGAUUUAUGAGCCGUUCGCUCUAAGAACGGCUCCAGUUUAAUUUAUUUCUCUUUUUUUUUUUUAUUAUCAGUUCCUUCUCGAUGUGUUUAUGAUUUAUGAAUGGUGUAUUUAUUAAUUGAAAGAAUUGAUGAUUUUAUUUUGAAGCCUCUACAGUUUUGAGGCUUUCUUUUUCUUUUCUUUUUUCACUUUUAAAUCUUUAAUGAACAUUUUUGUAAAUGUGGAUAUUUUAGUGUGAGUAGCAGUUCACCCUUCCUAACUUUCUGUCGUCACAAACCUUUUUCCUCCUGCAGUUGACUUGAGCCUGUGUUGAUUUCUGGGUUUUAGAGACUUUUAGGUUUCUCCAUGUCUACACCUGAGCAUUCUCGGUUAGUGCCACUUACCUUUAAUUAGCAAAAAAAAAAAAAAAACAGUAUCUGAGCCACUGUGGUCGGUACAAACUACAGUACUUUAGUAGUUUUUAUACCCCUUGAACUUUCUUUUUUUACGUUUUGUCCAAACAAAUCAAAGGUUCUGACCAGUUGCUCCGUUGAGGGCGAGAACUACGGGGUGUUAUGUAGCUCCAGUGGGGAUUUAAAUAAAGUGAAACUGUACCCUGAAAGUAUUAUGAUCCAAAAAUCACAUUUUAAGUCCUUUUUUUUGUUUGUUUUUUAGCCAGUGGAUGUAAAAAUAGUGUAAAAAUGUUAAUUCCCACAGCAUGAUUCUGCCUCUUCCAUGUUUCCCAGUGGAGAUGUUGUAUUCAUUUCAGGGUCGGGUGCGGUGUUAAUUUUCAGCCACAAUCUUAUUUUAAUUUAAUUUUCUCUUACAAAACGAUAUAAGGAUGCAUUUAAAAAAAAAUGGCUGCAAACUCCCAAUUCCCACAGCAUGAUUCUACCACCGCUGUGUUUGAGUGGAGAUUCUGUAUUCAGCUCAGGGAAGCAUUCAGUGUUAGUUUUUUCAACAGUUUUUUGAUACAAUGUGUUUUUUUUAAAGGCAAACUGAUUCCCCCAGCACCAUUCUGCCACCACCAUGUUUCAAAGUGGAGAUUAAAACCAACAUAAACAUACAGGUGGACUCUUAUUUCCCACCUUGGUGACGUAGGAAGGCAGUUUUUUAACUCACACACUGCAAAAGGGGAACUAAAAGUACGUCAGAUUUUCUUAAUUAGCAUAUUUGUCGUUGAUUUGAGCAGGUAAAUAAGAUGAUCUGCCAGUGGAACAAGCUUUUAGCGCUUAAAAUAGGAACAACUCGUCUUAUUUCAGGUGCAGUAUAUCUAAUCAUCUUAUUUCGGGGGUAAAAAUACUCAUUCCGUUGGCAGAUAAUCUUAUUUACCUGCUCAAAUCAACGACAAAUAUACAGAUUUCAAGAAAAACCGAAGUUUGUAACAAGACAGAGAAAGUUCAAGGGGUAGAAACACUUUCUCCCAACGUGACUGUAGUCGACGUAUUUGCUAAGUUAACAAUGAGGAACUUUAAAUGGAUUGAGUAUUGUUUUAGGGUCUUUUUUUUUUUUGUUUGUUUUGUUUAAAUCCCAGCGAUGUUGUGAAACGUGUGCAGUUCUUCACUCUCAGGGAAUGAUGCCAUGGACAUGACCUCCGAUUAACCACCAGCCACACCGUGGAUGCAGACAGGACGCUCUCAGCAGAGAUGCUGAGCUUGGUUUUCAUAUCGCUCCCCUCCUAUUAAAAAAAACAAAAAAAAAAAACUUUCUUUUGAGGUUUUUUCCCAGGUUGCACGAACACACUGUUCCCAGACAGUCGUUGGAUUCCCCCCCCCUCCUCCUCCUCCAGCUCAGUGUUACUCGUUCAUCGCCCCUCUUGGAGUCGACUGACCUCAUGAAUGAACUGCCAUAUAGCUUUAACACCAUUCUGUGAAACAGUGCGAGGCUGGGAAAGCUUUUCUCAGGUUUGACCUACAAGUAAACUGUGUGUUUUAUCACUCAGCGCUCCGAACCAGGUUAGAGUUAAUCACGUUUCUAGGCUGAUUUCCUCGUUCUUUUUCUUACACCACGCUCUUUAACUUUUAAACUCUUUGCAUGUUUUCAUUGAAGAAGAAGAAAAAAAAAAAAAAAACACGAGCUGGCCCGCAGGCAGGGUUUGUUUAUAAGCUGUAGUAUUAUUCACCGCACAGGAUUUAUCGCCUCUUCCUCUUCCUCUUCCUCUUCCUGCUUCUUUGGCAUUUUGUGUUGUGUGUCGGUUCUCGCGAUGAUGGCUUCUGAUUUUGAAAUAUACAAACACUGGCUUACUGUGACACUGUUGAUGCGUUGCGUUCGUUUCUGCAUUUCAAAAAUUGCCUGUAAAUAAAACUUAAUGAAACAAUCGAAA